GGGCUUGGGUUUAUAGUGGUUCAGCGGGAGUUGGGCCUGUGGCUGGGGCAGUGGGGGUGGGAGGACAGAGAGGAAGCUUGGGGGAUACGGAGAUACCUUUUCCUCCAGGGUGAAGGAGCUGAGCACUUUGGGAGAAGGAGGGGAUGGAUCAGCUCAUUUCUGGCAACUCUGUUUUGGGAAUAUGUGCUUGGUCUCCCUUUCCCCCUUUGAUAAUUGGGCUUCUUAGAGUUCCUGGGCGCGUCAGUGUUCAGAUCUAUUUUUUAAAAUCCAACCCACCCACCCACCACCCCUGCCAAGACGCGAGGCCACCUCCUGAAUCGACAGGAGUGUGUGGUAGUGGUGGGGGGGGGGGGUCGGAGCACAGCUGUAAUUCCGGUCCUUUAUUUGUUCGUCGUAUCUUGGGAGCGCUUAUAUAGGGAGGGAAGGUGAAGGUAGGCAGUCUACUGAGACUUACAGGAGUUGGGCUUUUUGCAAAAACACAGUCCCCGGCCUCCAGCUUCAGAUUAGUCCUCCCCAUCCCCCGCCUGAGGCAGUCGCCCUCCCGGGCUGUGUCCUUCCCCUCCGCGUCCAAGCGGAGCCUACAGAGCUGAGGCCCUCGCCUGGACCAGUCCCAGGCUCCAGACAUUUAGGUCACGGCCCCAAACUGGUCGUUCUAGUUUCCAAGGCGUUCGGGUGCGCUCCUGACCCCCUACCGCCACCCCACCCUCACAUCACAUACCCCGGGGCACAAAUCGGUUUUAUUGAGACUUUAGACCUGCAAAGACCUUGUGAAUAGAGGGAGGGAUUCAGACAAGCUUCGAAAACCUUUUUCCUCAAGGGAAGCGCCUUUAAAUGCUAAGUAAAAGCCCACCCAGGUAUCGGGAAGGGGUCACAGGCGGAGGUGCCGGGCGCCUGGAGCUCGGGGGUCUGGACACGGUGCGAGGGUCUGCGUCGGAAGCCGCCCACAGGAGCUCCCAGCUAAGGGCAGAUUGUGGGGGUCCCUCAAGUUGAAAGACGGGUGGAAACCACGCGAGCGUGAGUCAGCGCUGCCCCGGGGGCCCUCCGCCCCUUGGAGGUGGGUCGUAUACCGGGCGCGGAGUAGAGUAGGCCAGGAGAAACUGGGCCAGGCUGCACUUUUAGCUCGAGGGGCCUCGAGGACUCUUCGCGUCCCUGGACACAAGGGCACUACACGCACUUCAUAAUGAAGAGUUGGAGAAGUAACUAGCAGGCGGAGCCAGGCUCACGGACCUAGGCCAGGCGGGAGCAUGCUGGGCCUUAGGGGGCUGCGGCUCUCCCCGGCGGGGAUCCUGCUCCUGUUGCCGUUCCUGCAGCCGCGGCUGCUGCCCGCGGCCCCCGCGCCCCAUCGCGCUUCCUACAAACCGGUCAUCGUGGUCCACGGGCUCUUUGACAGCUCAUACAGCUUCCGCCACCUGCUGGAAUACAUCAACGAGACACACCCUGGGACUGUGGUGACAGUGCUCGAUCUCUUCGAUGGGAGAGAGAGCUUGCGACCCUUGUGGGAACAGGUGCAAGGGUUCGGAGAGGCUGUGGCCCCCAUCAUGGCAAAGGCCCCCGAAGGGGUGCAUCUCAUCUGCUACUCGCAGGGGGGCCUGGUGUGCCGGGCACUGCUCUCCGUCAUGGAUGAGCACAAUGUGGAUUCUUUCAUCUCUCUCUCCUCUCCACAAAUGGGACAGUAUGGAGAUACGGACUAUUUGAAGUGGCUCUUCCCUACCUCCAUGAGGUCUAACCUCUACCGGAUCUGCUAUAGCCCUUGGGGCCAGGAAUUCUCCAUCUGCAACUACUGGCACGACCCCCACCAUGAUGACUUGUACCUGAAUGCCAGCAGCUUCCUGGCCCUGAUCAAUGGUGAAAGAGAUCAUCCCAACGCCACAGCAUGGAGGAAGAACUUUCUUCGUGUGGGCCGUCUGGUGCUGAUUGGGGGCCCUGAUGAUGGUGUUAUUACCCCCUGGCAGUCUAGCUUCUUCGGUUUCUAUGACGCAAAUGAGACGGUCUUGGAGAUGGAGGAGCAACCGGUUUAUCUGCGGGAUUCUUUUGGGUUGAAGACUCUCUUGGCCCGGGGAGCCAUUGUGAGGUGUCCGAUGGCUGGGAUCUCCCACACGGCCUGGCACUCCAACCGUACCCUUUAUGAGGCCUGCAUUGAACCCUGGCUCUCCUGAGGAUGUCCUCAGGGAUCCCCCAGGAACUCCCCAGCCCAGAGACCAAGCGGUGGCCUUGGAAAGCAGAUGUCAGGCUCCGGUGUGCCUGUGACCACCCCAUUGCUCCCACACUGCCCGCACCAACUGGGGCUCCCAGGAUCCCUUCCUCUUCUCCUCUGUGAAUGACGCAUCCUGGUCUCCCGCACCUCAUGUCUGGGGUUUGCUCCGUGCUCUCUCACCCUCCCAAGGCCGAGGCUGGGAAGAGAGAAACCAGGUUUUGAACUUGCGGUACUCUGCUGCUCCUCGGUCUCGGGCUGUACCGGAGGAGAACCCGGCCCCUGCCCGCUGCGGGGGUCUCCUUCCAGGCCACUCAGGUCAUUUUUAGCUUCUGUUCUCCCCAUGUUCCCUUUUCCUCAGCCCUCCCAACUCCCAGGAAGGACUACCCAUGAGAGUGGGGUUCUGAGGCUCCCCUAUGGGGACAGUUCCGUUCUUGAAAUGUCAGUGUUGGGGAUUAUCUAUGGCCUGUGAGGCCCAUCUCAGGUUUGGGGAUCCCCCCAGUCCCUAUGUUCAGUGUUGGGGUACCCCCUGGGAGCCUAGUUUCUUUGAGGCCCCAGCCCCUCUUUUAGCUACCAUUGAAUGGGUGUUAACCCUGUAUUAAUGGAAAUAAAGUUCCAUUUCUUCA